AGCUUCCUAUAUAAACUCCCACACGUCCACUAUCGAAUUCAGACACCAAGUUUUCUUAGAAACCAAGUCUACAGCCAUCCAAGAUGAAAUUCUUAGUUCUUGCAAUCGUCGUUAUUGCUGUUACAGCAGUCAGCGCUGUCUCUGAAGACAAGAAAGCGCAAUUGAAAGCUUAUGGAAAAGAAUGUGUUGAAUCCACCGGAGUUGACACCAAAUUGAUCACGGCUCUUCGCGCUGGAUCAAUUACUGAUGACCAAAAAUUGAAAGAAUUCAUCGCUUGCGUUUGGCAAAAGACUGGCUCCUUGAAAGCUGAUGGUACCUUCGAUAAGGCUGUUAUUGCACGUGAUUUAGCCGAUAACAAAGUUGUCAGUGAUGUUGCCCUUAAAUGCGCCGACGUUACCGGACCCACCGCCGCUGACACCGCUUUCUUGUCCUACAAAUGCUUCAGAGCCAAUUUACCAGCUGACUACAAAGCACCAUGGUAAUUCAACAUGUACCGUUUUAAUCAAUUAAUAAUCAGUUAAUUUGUUGUUAAUAAAAUUUGUAUAGUAGCAGAA